CUUCCAUUAUUGUAUAUAUAUAUAUAUACAUACAUUAUGCAUAAACUACCAAAACGGCAAAACUGAAACCUGUGAAAUUUAUCUAACCUUCGCAUGCUAAAAUGCCUCCUCCUCCUUCUCUUGUUUUCUCUAUACUCUGUUUUCUCUCUGUCUUCAUCUUCACUUCAUCAUCCACACCCAACACCAUCACCCUCCCUCUCUCCCACGUAUUCACCAACCACCCUUCUUCGCAGCCAUUCCACACCCUUAAACUCGCGGUUUCAACUUCCAUCACAAGAGCCCACCACCUCAAAAAUCACCAACCCAACCCACUCAAAACCCAAAUCCACCCCAAAAGAUACGGAGGAUACUCCAUCGACCUCAAUUUCGGAACUCCGCCACAAACCUUCUCCUUUAUUCUCGACACCGGAAGCACCCUCGUCUGGCUCCCGUGCUCCUCCCACUACCUCUGCUCAAAUUGCAACUCCUUCCACAAUGCACCCAAAUCUUUCAUCCCCAAGAACUCUACUUCCUCCAAGUUAGUGGGCUGCACCAACCCCAAAUGCACGUGGCUCUUCGGUGCCAACGUUGAAUCGCGCUGUUGCAAACAAAACACUGCAACCGCCAACUGUUCACUCACAUGCCCUGCUUACACUGUCCAAUACGGGCUGGGCUCAACCGCGGGCUUUCUCCUCUCGGAAAAUCUCAACUUUCCCGGGAAGAUCCUCCCCGAUUUUCUCGUCGGCUGCUCCAUCGUCUCCGUCUACCAGCCAGCCGGAAUCGCGGGCUUCGGCCGCGGUCCGGAGUCCCUUCCGUCGCAGAUGAACCUCACUGGAUUCUCUUACUGCUUACUCUCACACCAGUUCGACGAAUCGCCGGAAUCCAGCGACCUCGUCUUGCACACUUCCUCCUCCGACAGGAAAAGAACAAACGGCGUCAGCUACACGCCUUUCCGGAAAAACCCGUCGAGCAAAAACCCCGCGUUCGGUGCUUACUAUUACCUUACUCUCAGGAGAAUCGUCGUUGGGGAGAAGCGCGUGCGGGUUCCGAAGAGGCUCCUAGAGCCUGACGUUGACGGUAACGGUGGGACUAUCGUGGACUCGGGGUCCACCUUCACGUUCAUGGAAAGGCCGAUUUUUGAUUUGGUGGCACAAGAGUUUGCGAAGCAGGUGAACUACACGCGCGCGAGGGAGGUGGAGAAACAAUCCGGGCUGAGUCCGUGCUUUGUGGUGUCUGGAACGGCGUCGUUUCCGGAGCUCCGGUUUGAGUUCAGGGGCGGCGCGAAGAUGAGUCAGCCUCUGACGAAUUAUUUUUCGUUGGUCGGGAAAUCCGACGUGGCGUGUUUGACUAUUGUGUCUGAUGAUGACGUGUCGGGUGGGCCCUCUGUGAUAUUGGGGAACUAUCAGCAGCAGAAUUUCUACGUUGAGUAUGACUUGAGAAACGAGAGGUUCGGGUUUCGGAGUCAGAGUUGCAAAACGCGCGUUUAAGUUAGGUUAGUUAGGAUUUGACAGCGUUCAAAUUAGUUGCAGAGCUGUAGUAGCUUGCAUGGUGCUACUUUUCUUGAUCUAUUGUUAUUCAAUUUCUGAAGAUUAAUAAGUGAAUCUAUUUUAA